UGCCAAAAGUGGAGACCCGAAACAAAGACCAGAACCAGCUUGGGUCUCUCGCCGGGACGGCGAGUGCAGAAAACCGCACGGCGGGCCAGCCCGAACAGAGGCAGGGAGGAGGGAGCGAAGACGAGGCCUCGAAGGGGGACAGGCCCCAGGGAGCGGCCAAACCCAGGCCUGUCUCUGAGCUCAUAAAGGAGACCAUUCAGCUGCACGAGAAGCUCACCCAGCAUGACUGGCCAAAGCCUGCGGAGGCCAAGACAGAUGGGCCUGCGGAGGCGGCUCUGUCCGCUAAGGUGGCACUGAUGAAAGCUGCUUUCGAUUCACAGCAGAAAUCCCCGGACAAGAGCCUGGAGAGGAAACCAUCUGUGAGAAAAGACAUGUUCAGGCGAGUGGUGAGACAGAGCAAGUUCCGUCACGUCUUCGGCCAGGCGGUGAAGAACGACCAGUGCUAUGAUGACAUCCGCGUCUCCCGGGUCACAUGGGACAGCUCCUUCUGCGCCGUCAACCCCAAGUUCGUCGCCAUCAUCAUCGAGGCCAGCGGGGGUGGGGCCUUCCUAGUCCUGCCUCUCCACAAGUCGGGCCGCAUCGACAAGGCCUACCCCACGGUGUGCGGCCACACCGGCCCCGUGCUGGACAUCGACUGGUGCCCUCACAACGACCAUGUGAUCGCCAGCGGCUCAGAGGACUGUACUGUCAUGGUGUGGCAGAUCCCGGAGAACGGACUGACCACAGCGCUGGCGGAGCCCGUGGUGGUGCUGGAGGGACACUCCAAGCGUGUGGGCAUCAUCACCUGGCACCCCACCGCCCGCAACGUGCUGCUCAGCGCCGGGUGUGACAACGUGAUCAUCGUGUGGAACGUGGGCACGGGCGAGGCCAUGAUCACGCUGGAGGACAUGCACCCUGACGUGAUCUUCAGUGCUUGCUGGAACCGUAACGGCAGCCUCAUCUGCACCGCCUGCAAGGACAAGACCAUCCGCGUGAUCGACCCCCGCAAGGAAGAGCUAGUGGCGGAGAAGGAGAAGGCCCACGAGGGGGCGCGGCCCAUGAGGGCCAUCUUCAUGGCGGACGGGAACGUCUUCACCACGGGCUUCAGCCGCAUGAGCGAGAGGCAGCUGGCGCUCUGGAACCCGCAAAGCAUGGACGAGGCGAUCUCCGUCCACGAGAUGGACACGAGCAACGGGGUUCUCCUGCCCUUCUACGACCCUGACACCAGCGUGGUGUACCUCUGUGGGAAGGGCGACAGCAGCAUCCGCUACUUUGAGAUCACGGACGAGGCUCCGUUUGUGCACUACCUCAGCACCUUCACCACCAAGGAGCCUCAGAGGGGCAUGGGGUACAUGCCCAAGAGGGGCCUAGACGUCAACAAGUGUGAGAUCGCCAGGUUCUACAAGCUGCACGAACGCAAGUGUGAGCCCAUCAUCAUGACGGUGCCUAGGAAGAGCGACCUGUUCCAGGACGACCUGUACCCCGACACGGCGGGGCCGGACUGCGUCCUGGAGGCGGAGGAGUGGUUCGAGGGGAAGAACGGAGAGCCCAUCCUCAUCUCCUUGAGGAACGGCUACGUGCCCGGCAAGAACCGGGACCUGAAGGUGGUGAAGAAGAACGUUCUGGACAACAAGCUGAAGAACACAGAGAAGAUCGGCACGGCCCCCAAGUCUGCCUCACCCACCCCCUCUAUCAAACACGAAGCCAAGCUGGACGAGAUCUUGAAUGAAAUCAAGUCCCUGAAGGACCUGGUCAGCAGUCAGGAGAAGAGGAUUGUUCAGCUGGAGGAGCAGGUGUCCAAGAUCGCCAUUUAACCUCGCCCUCCUCCCCAACUCCCCUCCCCCACCUCCCUCUCCACCUAUUCUACGAUUCAGGACGAUCUCUUGGCAAGCAGGUGGGCCGGACCCCUCACUGCCUAUCACAAUGACAGCGUUCCGUCUGAAGCCUGCCUAGCAACGGUUCCCUAGCAACAUUCCGGAUGAACUUUAGUUUUUCUCUCCCUUAGCUGCCCCCCGAACUCUCUCCUGUACCACAGAAAGAGAAACAUGGCAAACUGACCGUAAAUAUUCCAGAAUUUUAAUGAAAGAAAGGAAAAAAAUAACAUUUGUUUUAGUAAGUGAGUUAUUAGUUGUUAAAGUCUUACAUUUUCCUUUUUUUUUUUUUUUUUUUAUCAUGACCAAGACUAUUCCGUUUCUGAACAGUUCCCAUGUACUGUGUCGUAUCCAAAAGUGUUUAUUUUUAUUUUUUUUACGUAGGGUUCAGUAUUCGGUCUCCUCAGAACCUUCUGUUGCCAAAUGUUAGAGGAGCAGUUUACACAUACUCCUUCACAGUAUUUGUUUAUUUACCUUUUUUUUUUAUUCUCUUUUUUUUUGUUCAAAUGAAAAAUUCUUACAAUGAGGGACCAUGUGGGGGAGUAUCAACAAUCAACCAAUAACUGUACAACAACCAGGAGAUCUGCUGACUGACUACCAAAUACUCAGUGACUAGGACAUUCCUCCUAAUGUAAUUAUUUUGGCUACCACGGUAACCGUAUGGUAUAGUUUUUGUAUCUGUACGUUUUGUGCGAACCUUCCCGCUCUCCCCUCCCGCGUUCUGAUUGGUUGCCAUGCGAGCAGCCGGCGAGCUUUGAACCCUCCUUACUGCGUUUCCUCUUUGUGACAUCAUCCAACGGGGACCACCCUGUGUCAUCUCCUCGCCAUGGAAACGGUUAAUGAGAUAUUUUAGUCAAGGCAUUCAUUCCUCUCAAUACUUUUUGAAAUAGCCUACUCUAUAUGCUUUUUUUCUAUCCUGCUCUCUCUUUAUCUCUGCUUGUUCUACUAAACAAACUUUUUCUCUCAUUUGAUACCAGAUGUAACGUAUCGUAUCCAUUCUUCACCUCUAGGAGCGAACAACUUGAAUAACUUCAAGGAAUUCCAGUCACCGUUGGUUUUGUGUCAGGGGACGGGGGGAUAGCGCUAGACUCUCAGCUUCAUAGGUUCAGUGACGGACGGGGUCAUUCUGCACGUGAUUGUAGCUCUCUUCAGCCUUAGCAUCCCUGCAGACGCUGCGGUGUCGUUUACAGUUCCCGCCCGUUGCAGAAGUCCUUUAGUGUGGCCUGGCCGUACCGACUGUGUGUGUGUGUCCUGUGUCUUGUGACACACAAGGCCAGAAAGCUCCACGUUGUGGACGUGUGACACAAUAUUAAAUGUUCUAGAUUGUUCUUCCUCUCCCUGGUGUCCUCUUUACGACCGUUUGUUGAAAUGGUUCUCCUUGAAAUAGUUUUGUGUUGUCGCUGAGAAAUAACCCAAGGAUUGUCACAAAUGUUUGACGGUUUUAGGAGGUGUUGCCAACUGCUAAAUGAGUUCUGUUGUCAUACUGUUCGUCAUGUUUCCUAGAGGGAGGGGUUUGUAAUAUGGUUGCGGUUUAAUUAGUUGUUUGCCUUUUUAAAGUUUGUGACCACAAGACACCAGGAAGUGCCAUAGAGGUGGCACCAUAGAGGUGGCCACCAGAGUGCUCAAGGCAGUGAGAGAUAUGCAGGUGUGUGUGUGUGGCAGAGUCUAGAUGGAAAGAAAUGGGCUGCUGGAAUUGUAAACUUGACUCUUCAGUGCUCGAUACAGAAAGUGUAAGAAAUGUUUGUCAGCAGGCAAACCCCCCCCCCCCCCCCCCCCCCCCCCCCCCCUUCGCUCAGAUGUAAGCAUCCGGGAGGUUCAGCGUUAAGGGAGCGACUUGUGAUGUCUUAGGCUGACGGGGGGGGUUAUAUGAGACACGUGGUGUGUGGAAUAUUAGUUAAUUAAUGAGCUAAUCAGAGGGACUCAGUAGGUUGGAGAAAUGUGUUGUAGAAAGAGAGAGAGAUGUGUACGUGAUGUUUGAAACAAAGACCUAGAAGUUGAAAGAGUUGUAAAUAACAUGACCUUUUUGUUUAUUUUUGCUCCGUUUGAUUUUGUAUUUUUUUUGGGGGGGGGGUCUGAAAUUAGUUUCUCUGGUUGGUUAGUGGGUUUUAAAUGUUGUCCUGUUGUCUUCGUUCCCUGUCCUCGCUGCGAUGUGUCAUGAGAGAACAGCACCUUCACGCCAUCCCAGGUAUUACAAACACACAAAGGACCAUAAAGAGACGUGAAUCACAGAAGAAAUACAAACCAGGAUUCAGCCUCUUGUGGAGGUCUGUUCAGCAUUUCUGUUCAUUCUUUUUGCUUCAAGUAUCAAAAUUCAAUGAUUAUCAGAAAAAUGAAUAAAGAAAUGGAAAAAAAGAAA